AUGGUCUCAUCUCAAAUUUCUUCUUGUCCAAUGAUGAUCCUUGAAACGAAAUUUUUUCUUAGAAUUUCAAUUGACUUGAUUUCAAUGUCAUCAGAUACCUCUUUCAAAAUUAAGUAGUUUGGAGCUUAGGAUUAAUUUUUUAAGGUUUUGAGACCUUAGCUGAGGUACAUUAGUUUAAGGAAUGAUUUAUGGGUUUAAGGUUUAGGGUUUAGGGUAAUACGACUCAUACCCAGUCUAGAUAGUCCGACAAAGAUUGGUUCAGUUCGUCGGGAUUUUUUCAGUUGGUUUCGGUCGUUUUCGCCGGUUCAGAUUAGGUUUUGACAUGCCUAGAUUGGCGCCUUCGCCAAGGGUUACCGUUGUAGAAUUAUUCUCGAUCAACUGAGACCUGAUAAAAUGAUCCACGAACUCACGAACUCAUCCACCUCCAAUUCUUUGUAAUCUGAAACAGUAAUGUCUUCCUUAACUCCAUGGAGGACUGAAACAACAACAACAAAAUCCCAACUCGCUUUCUCUUCUUCUUCUUCUUCUUCCAAUCAUUCAAAACCCCACUCGAAUCCUUCACCUCUUAUCCCAAUCGAAUAAUCUGUCGAUUCCAAGACCUCAAAUCAGACCUCAAAUUCGUCCUCCACGAUACACACGAUGAUUCACGAUUCAACACUAUACAUGCCCGGGAUUUUAGAGAAGGUUACUUGGCUCAGAUUCGGAGGUUAUCAAAUGUGGAUAGAGAGUGCAGCAUUUGCAUAAACAAAGGGGUUAAUUUGGCAAAAGCAGCUCUUUACAUUGCUGCUGAAGAUGAUUGUCUCAUUUCCCAUUCACUGAAGACUCUGCAAGUUGAUUCAUUCAUCGAAAGGUUGAAAGAUGUCACUAUGGAGUAUUGCUUGUCUUACCCUUGGACCUUUAAAAGGCCUCCGGAGGAACUCAUCCUCAAUCUCGAAAGAUACUUAUUUCGUUCUAAGUUUCGUAGAGCAGAUUUCAGAAAGCAGACAGCGCCACGGGCUUUAUAUCUACAUUCGGUUUUGGCACAUCGUUCAGAGUCUUCCCAGAGCUUACCAAGAGCAGAAAAGCAAAGAUGGUGAUCAUUUACAUAUAAUGACAACACAGUCCCUUUUGGUGGAGAUCCUGAAAAAUUUGAAGGAAGCAUUCUGGCCAUUCCAGUGUAUUCAUGCCAGGAGCCUAUUCUUAAGUGCUGCCAACUGCAUUAAUGGACGAACCACUGUAGAAGAGAGGGCUGCUCGUUCUAGGCUGGACCGUGGACACUGGACUAGUUUACCUUAUGGAGAUAUGCGGCAUGCAUUAUCAGCCUGUGAACGUCUGAUCUUGCUGAACGUUGAUUUUACUGAAUUGAGAGAUUACAGCAUUUUACUUCAUCAUUGUGGAUUGUAUAAAGAAUCACGAAAAUAUCUACGACGAAUUAUUGUGGACAAAAGCAUUCUAACGAUAUUGUAAGCAAAAUGGAGAAGAAUGCAGUAGAUAAACUGAUGGUUCGUCUCAACCUCAUUUCUAUGGAGGAAGGUUGGACUAGUAGGCCUCCUUAUGCCGAAAGUAUAUACCGUUCUUCUCUAAACCAUUAGAAUAAGUGAAGCAUCAUAAUUAUUACCUCAGAUCCUCAAUUCAUGGUUCUGUUAAUAGCUUUUUCUUUUGAUUAUUUAUUUAUGUAGUAGCUUUCCAUUGUAAAUUAGUCCGAAUCUGAAUAAGCUAAUUGGGAACUUCUAUUUUCUUUUAAA